AUGUUUCUAUAUUUUAUUACAUAUCUGUGUAUUUUCCAUAAUAAUAUAUAUUCUGUAGAAUUAAAUAAAAAUAAUAAAUAUAAUUUUAUAAAUAAUGUAUAUAAUAUAAAGUAUAGAACUAAAAUACGUGCUAUUCAUGAGAAAACUGGAGGUAAAAUAAUAGGACAUGGUCAUUCUUAUCCUUCAACUGAAAUUUAUAAUGACGAAUUAAAAAAAUAUGUUGAUACCAAUG